CGAGGGGGACUUCAAGCAAGAGCUGGCCGAAGUAGUUUUAAGGGUGGACUUCGAGGUGGAUCCGGCAGCAAUAACGACCGCCGGAAGAUUUACUUCGUGUGUAAAAAGGCGGGGUGCUGGUCCAUACGGCACAAACCAAGCCAUGUCAAGGAAGAAUCAAUGGCUGAUGGACGUACAUGGCUGAGAAUGAUCUCCCCGCUGGCAAUGAUACCCUGGGCAUGUUCAUCAUCGACUAUGAAGGCUACAAAGUGA